AUGGAACGGCCAGUAAAGAAUCAUAGCGAAGCGCUGAAUGUGAAAAUGCGAACGAUUUUGCAGCAAUUAGUUGAUGUGGACGAGAAAAAUCAAUUGGUGCAGCUUGUGCUCUGGGUGAAACUGACUUGGAUCGAUUAUAAAAUGAAAUGGGAUCCAAACGAAUAUGGUGGAAUUAAAGAUGUCCAAUUACCACCAAAUACCUUAUGGAAACCUGAUAUUCUGCUUUUCAACUCGGCCGAUGAGCAUUUUGAUGCUUUAUUCCCUGUUAAUUUUGUUGUGGAUCACGAGGGUCGUGUACUCCUUGCUCCACCAUCGAUCGUCAAAAUUUCCUGCAACGUUGAUUUGACCCAUUUCCCAUUUGAUGAUCAGAUUUGUUACUUAAAAUAUGGUAGUUGGACCUACACCGGCAACAAAGUUGAUAUCGACAUCGACCUCGAAGAUCUGGUAGCACCACAUAAUAUGGAUCUACAAUAUUACGUCCCGAACGGAGAAUGGGAUCUUUUGAGCACGCCAGCUCGAGUGGAUACAAAAGAAUUUGUUGGUGAAAAGUACAUUGAGGUCUACUUUUACGUCCACCUGAAACGCCGCACAUUAUACUAUGGAUUGAAUUGGAUCAUUCCUUCUCUUCUCAUUUCACUUUCCAACGUGCUUGGCUUUGCCUUGCCGCCAGAGUGUGGUGAAAAGAUUACCGUUCAAAUCACAAACCUACUGUCCGUAUUGGUGUUUCUCGGUAUGGUAUCAAAUGUGACACCACCAACCUCGGAAUCGAUACCAGUAAUUGUGGCCUUCUUCACGGCUUCAUUGCUGAUCCUUGGUCUAUCUGUAAUUACAACCACCCUCACAAUUACCAUCCAUUUCCGUCACCCCAAAACGAGACCCCCGAUGGGACCUGUGAUGAGUCUGAUUUUCCUGGAAUGGCUCCCAUGGUUGCUGCUAAUGACCAGACCCGGAAAGAAAUUUGUGCGGCCAAAGCAGGUUCAAUCAUGUGUGGAUUGCGUGGAAUCCAAGAGGAUGAAGGUGGACCUGAACGGGAUGAGAGCCUAUUGCAUUGUGCACGAUUCGACGACUUCUCAUCUGGAAAUAGCCUGGAUGAUUCAAUCCCAUUUGCCGUUCCUCAAUAUCCUUUGGACGAAUGCACGCCGAUGGAAGCGUCAU